GCAUACGUCAGUCGUAAACUGCUCCGCAUUGCUGUCAUGUUUGUAGUUGUGUGUGUUGACAAAUAUCUGUUCAAUCGAAACCAAAGUGUACACAUUCCGUGUAAUUGUCGUCGUAAGUGACUAAACACACACCGCGUGUUGAGGACUUCCUUCUUUCGAUUGAGUUUAUAUUUGAAGUAGCUGUAGUAGCGCGAUAUCCUGCCAUCCGCGCUGCAGAAGCGAUGUAUUCGCGUGUCUACGCCGGUGUCGUGAAGAGAGCAUCAAGCUACACGCUUACUUUACAUUCUACUGUUCCGCUCAAGAGACCACAUCACUGCCAUUUCUCCUGGUGGGGUUCAUCCGCAUGCGACAGGUUGUGCAACACCUAUGAAGAAUCUAGAAAGUGGUGCCUGCAUGGGAAAUAUCUCUCAACACGCCAGGAUUUAGACUUUCAGCAGAGCCGAGUUCAGAUCAACAGUAUUCUAAGGACCAAUGAGCAGAGUGUAAAUUUGCCAGAGUUUGAUGUUAGGGGUCUCAGUGCUGUUAGGAAGUUUGAAAGUAACCAGGUAGCUGCUAACACACCAAAUGAAGACCGACGCAGUGCAGCUACUUGCUUACAGUCAAAAGGCAUGCUCUUUGGGGUCUUUGACGGCCAUGGCGGCUGGGCGUGCGCCCAGGCCGUCAGUGAACGACUGCUCUAUUACGUUGCCGUUGCAAUGAUGCCGAAAUCCUGCUUGGAGGAGCUGGAGAGGUGCAUGGAGAGCGGCAAAUGUGUCCUGCCCAUUUUACAGUGGUACAAGCAUCAUACAGAUAUGAAUUAUCGGGACUCUGCCUCUCUGUAUAUCGAUCAUCUCAGAGUCUUCUGGCAGGAAUUACUAAACAACGAGGAUCAUGAGGCAGGUAUGAGCCCUCAGGAAGCUCUGGAUUGUGCAUUUAAGCGCCUGGAUGCCGAUAUCUCCUUGGAGGCUCAAGUCCCACUUUCCAACGGCCUGAUGAGAAGCACAGCCAUCCAGGUUGCAUUUUCAGGUUCCACUGCCUGUGUGGCUCACGUGGACACAGAUGGCAUCUAUGUGGCAAACACCGGUGACUGUCGAGCAGUUCUUGGAGUGCAAAACCAGGACGGUUCAUGGAGCGCCGUGCCUCUGUCUCUGGACCACAACUCUCAAAACAAAGCGGAGGUGGAACGGAUCAAAGCCCAGCAUCCGCCCUCAGAGAGAAGCACAGUGAUCACAGAUGACAGACUGCUUGGGGUUCUGAUGCCGCUGCGCUCCUUUGGAGACAUGAAGUUCAAAUGGAGCCGUCAGCUACAGCAGAGCAUUUUAGCCAGCCUGGAACCUGGAAUGGACCUGGACUCUCUCAGUUUGUAUCACUACACUCCCCCAAACUACUUAACUCCUCCAUACCUGGAGGUGACGCCUGAGAUCAUCUACCACAAGCUGAGGCCUCAGGACCGCUUCCUGAUCCUCGCCACGGACGGGCUGUGGGAUGAACUGCAGAACGAGGAGGCAGUGCGACUUGUUGGAGAGCACUUUAGUGGAGUUCACAUACAGGCACCAGUUUCUCCUGCUGAGAAGAAGCUGAAGUUGGGUCAAAUGCACGAACUCCUGCUAAGGCGCCAAGCCCGUGCUUCUCCAGCGCUGGACGCCAACGCCGCCACACACCUGAUCAGACACGCUCUGGGCAUGGGGGAAUACAGAGAGCUGUCCCAGGAGAGACUGGCCUCAAUGCUGGCUCUGCCAGAAGACCUGGCUCGAAUGUACAGAGACGACAUCACCGUUACAGUGCUGUAUCUGAACUCUGACCUCGCUCGACCUCAUCAAGGCUAACGCAAGACCUCCUUCAGAGGCUGGACUGACUGACAGAAACACUCCACUGACACGUCACCGACAUGUUACAUUAUAUUCAGUUAACAUUCCUCUGUCGUGUUUAAGAACCACAUCAGAUGUUGUGAUUUAUUGUUACAGAGUUAAAAACUCACUUGUCCAACAACAGUAUUUUCGCCUUUCCUGCACAAACUUUUAAUCACUUUGUUCUUGUUUACUGUAUGUUUAAAAAAUCUCUAACUUUUAAUCAAUGAAGAUCAUUCCAGUAAUUUAACUAUUCUUUACUUGCCUAUAUUAAAAGAAACUUUUAUA